CGCCUAGGACUACCCGGUCUUCCUGAAGUCCAGGGCUAGUGCGGAGCGAGCCGGGUCCGGAGUCGCCAUGCAACCGGCGUCCGCAACGUCCCUGCCCCUGGAGAGUCUCGACUACUACGAGAGGCAGGGCCAACUCCAGCAAGGGCUGAGGGACAGAGAAAAGAAGAGAUUGGACCUGGAAAGGAAACUUUAUGAAUACAGUCAGUCUGAUACAUAUAGAAUUAAAAUGAAGUAUGUAAAACUAAAGAAAUACCUGAAGGAAAUAAGUGAUUCAGAAAAGAAGGCUCAUGUUCGAAACCAAGAAUACUUGAAACAGUUUGAGCGUUUCCAAGCUCAGGUUGGACACUUUACCACAAAUACGGAGAAGCUUCAAAAACUGAAGAGUGAAUAUGAGGCUGAGAUUAAGAAGAUGCAGCAGUUCUCAAAAGACAGCCUGGGAAUAAAAGGUGAACUGAAAGCUGAAGAUAGAGAAAAGGUUGCAAUGAAGGCAGGAAUUAACUCUGAGACAGCCAUGUCAAGAGGAUUGUAUCAACCGGCAACAAUCUUUAUGGGCCGCCAAAUGUCAGCAGUCUCAAGCAUUGGAGAUUUCUGUACAGAGAGGAAAUCGCCCCAACCCAUGAAGAACUUUUCAAUUCCUGACCCACAUUCACACCGACAGACAGCCGAGAGCAGUAAUGUGACAGACAGCUAUGUACAAACUUAUAGUGACAUGCAGUGCUUAAAUAAGUCUGACAAAACAGAUGGAACGACAUCUCUUCAGAUUGUUGAGAAAAUGACAGUCGCAGUCACUGUACUGUGUGAGGAGGAACAAACUCACUGCUUGGAGAUAGGAAAUAGAAUGCAUCAUGGCAGGAAUAAUUUAUCUGAAGUUAAAAAGUCUGCUGAACUUCAUUCCCCGUUACAGGAAAGAUUAAGUCCAGAGAACAGAACCACUGAUUUAAAGCAUGACAGUUCCAGCAGAUCAGAGGGAUCAGAGGGAGAAAUACUGACACAGGAACAUAUAGAAGUCAAGGAAGAAAGAGGCAGACCGCCAGUCUCUCCCAUAUCAGUCUCAGAAUACUGUACAUCUGAAAAUAAGUGUUCUCAAGAGAAGCAUACUGCUUGGGAAGGUUUCUCUGAUCAUCCUCUUCAGGGGCACCUAGAGUCACAGACACCUCUCAGAAAAAUGCAGGAAGAGCAGGAGGAGGAAAGUUUGAGCAGCAGCAGUGACCUCACAGUUUCUGUAAGUGAAGAUGAUCUGAUUUUAAAGAGUCCAGAACCACAGCCAAUUCCGGGUGACAAGAUGGCAGGAGAAGAUGGAAUAGAGGCCUUUAAAUUAAUCCACUCUGAGCAAGAAAAAGAUGCCUUAUCUACUGAAAAACAUAAUUGUAUUUUGCAAACUCUAAGCUCUCCUGAUUCAAAAAAGGAAUCCUCCACUAACUCACCAACAAGAGAGUUCUAUAAUCACAGUGACAUUCUGAAAAAAGACCUUGAAGCCGACAGAGCAACUGUCCUUCACCAGCUUCCCAGAAUCUUCCCUGGGGUUGGAAGCAGUAAAAAACAAAUCAGAUCUGAACAAACUCCAGCCUCAGGCUUAUUGAGGGAAAGAUUGGACCAGGAUGCUGCCACCUUGAAAGAACAUAAUGAUUAUAUUAAAGAAGAGGUAGCUAAGCUAUCUGAAAUUUCCCCAGAAAACCUGGACCAGGGUACAAUGGCAACAGCUUUAUUGAAAAAAGCCCUUACAGAAGAGUGUGCAGAUAGGUCAGCUAUUCACAGUAAUGAAUCAUCCUGCAGCUUGCCAUCUAUUCUGAAUGACAAUAGUGGAAUAAAGGAAGCAGAACCCGCUCUAUGGCUCAACAGUGUUCUUACAAGGGAACAAGAAGUUUCAAGCUGUGAAGAUGAGAGCAAGGAAGAAAGCUUGGCAGCAAAAAUUCCAAUCACAGUGGGGGAAAUGUAGAUGAUCCCAAACUGCAAUAACCAAGAAGUCAUUUGAAUGCUUUUCUAUUUAUGUUUGAAUGCAGAAGUAUCUAAUGACCUCUGAAUUUAUUUAAAGUUAUAAAGGCUUUCUGGUGAGAAAACAAUAAAUGACUUAGAUGCCCAUUCUUCUCUUUUGAGUAUUGUUUCUAAUCAUCCCUUGCUGGGAGUAGAUGAUUACCCCCUGAAUUAGUACAAAUGUUGUUUUCUCUUUAUAAAAAGAGAUAUUUAAGCACUACAGUUUCAAAUCUUCUUUUUAUGCUGAAAGAGUUAUCAUUUACCUAGAAAUGAUAGUGCUGUUGCCAUUAAGAUUUUUAAAGAAAUUAUAAUUCCAAUAACUUGUUAUCAAUCCAUCGGCAGUUGACAGUUUAAGAACAAUAUGCUUUGUGCCUACCAUAUGAUUUUGGAACUUAACAUUCAGAACCUUUGACUUCAAUCAAGCUUUGCUGUCCUUACCACUGCAUCCACUUCCUUCAUUUCUCUCCAUCCAUUCUAUCUCCCAUGGAGUUAAUGUUUGGAGGCCAGAUACACCUUGCCUCCACUUAGUACUUUUCUCAUAUCUAUCAUUGUGUGUAAGUUCUUGACUAUCACCUCUUUAUUAAAUUUUUAUAUCACUUACAUAAUUAUCUGGAGAUUUGGCUUUUGUAGAAUAAGGCAUCUGUCUAGUUUGAUUUAAGAAAGGGUCUGCCUUUUCCUUUACAGUAGCUUUGUUGGGCCUUUCCUGUAUACAUGGAGUGCAUUCCUUCCAGAAUAUUCCAAAGAAACCAAAUAUUACAAAGGCUAUCCUAAUAGCUGAGAUGCAGUGGUAGAAGACCUAGGCUUUGACAUAAUCCAGCAUGCUCUAUAUCUUUAUUCCCUGCUCUAUUUGUCUUCCUCUCUGAGCAUCUGUGUUAGGAUAGAAAUAGACUACUUGGCAAAAAUAGUCUUAAAGUUUAAAUAUCAUGGGCCCUCCCUGGUGGCGCAGCGGGUUAAAGCA